AUGUGGACAAAUGAUUAAUACUCUAAAAGAUAGACAUCAGAAAAAGUAUUGCAAUAAAGUUAACUGGUAGCAAAGGUCUCUAUGCCUCAACGUGCUGUCCAAAACAAAUUAUUUAACUCUAAUACUGAUAUAAACAGUAAAUAUAUGACCAAUGAGGCAAAGUUAAGGGAAAACGAUGUUAAAAAAUAGAUAAGGCCUACUGAUUUUUAGCUAUUUAGCAAAUUAUCACUAGAUUAAAUUACUUAGUUUGUAAAAGAUAAUCAUUGUUUAGUAAAUGAUGCUAUCUAAACUUUAAUCAAUAGUAAAAGUGAUUAUAUAAGUUUGUUAAGAGAAAAAAAAGAUUAACUUUAGCAAUUUUAAGAAAACAUACGAGUUUAAUUGGUAAAGAUGGAUUACUUAAUAUCAAUAUGUAAAAAAGCAAUCAAGAAGAGGGCUUAACUGAACCUAAAAAUGAAAAAGUCUAGCAACUCUUGCCUUGCACUUUCUUAAAAUGACUUUUUGUUCAGCCAAUACAGGGAACUUAUUGAAAUAUCUAUUAAAGAUGUAUUUUUAAUGGUGGAGCUUGAAAAUAAAGAUUUAUAUAUCAAUGAUACUAUGCACUUGUUUAAGAUGAACAGACUAUUCAAUGUAUCUUGCUAAAGAAAUAAGGUUUUGGAGUAUUAUAGUGAUAAUAAGGAAAAUAUUCAUCCUAUCAAGCGUGAGAAGUAAGAAUGUCGGUAAUUCAGAGCACAGCAUGGAUUUUGCAAUGUAUUGCCAAAGAUGUUGUAAUAAUAAAUUAUCCCUGAUCAAGAGCUCAUAAAUUUUGAUAGCAUUUUGGAUAUCAAAUUCAUUAUGAGAAACUUUAUGACUAAUGCAGUUGAAGAUCACAAAGUGGAUAUAAUCGAAUGUAGUGGAGAUGAUAAUAUGACUAGUUCUCUUCAAAUGAGUGAAUGGUUGAUAAUAUAAGCAUAUAAAUCAAAUUGUAUAAGCUAUUGA